AUGGCUCCUGCUGCAGCUCACGCUACCGAGGGUAUCAUUUCACCCAUCGACAUUGAGUCGAUGCCGCCGUUUUGGCGACGGAAAAAUGGCAUUCUGCUUUAUUUCCUCCUCACGUCCUCUCUACUGGCGAGUGCGGCACUUGGUAUAGACGGCUCAAUGACAAACGGAAUGCAAGUUCUCAACUCCUGGCAAGAUAGGUUUGGGCACCCUGAAGGCGCCAAACUGGGCUUCUUUGGUGCGUCUAAUGCAAUUGGAGGCGUAAUUCCCUUCAUCUUUCUGAGUUGGAUUGGCGACAAAUGGGGUCGUCGACUUCCUACCGCUCUUGGGUCGGUUGUGAUCAUCGUCGGAGUCAUCAUCGAGUUCUUCGCGACCUCCCUCAACAUGUAUAUCGGUGGCAAAGUCAUCUUGGGUGUUGGCUCGUCUCUAAUUCAAAUGGGUGCCCCGGUCCUGGUCACCGAGCUGGCUCAUCCAAAAGAGCGUGUGCAGGUUACAACCUUUUACAACACGUCGAUUGUUCUGGGCUAUGUCAUUGGUGCCUGGGCCACAUUUGGCUGCUAUCGUAUCAACAGCCAAUGGAGUUGGCGUCUUCCAACUCUCAUUCAAAUUGUGCCCUCGGCCUACCAAUUUUGCCUCAUCUGGUUCUGUCCUGAGUCGCCGCGAUGGUUGAUGGCAAAGGGGCGUACCCAAGAGGCGCGUGAAAUUUUGAUCAAGUUCCACGGCGAAUGUGAUCCUCAUUCCGAGCUAGUUGAAGUUGAAUGCGUUGAGAUUCAACAGGCUAUUCUCAAGGAUGCUGAGAAUAACAUGACCUGGAAGGACUUUUUCUCCUCCAAGGCCAAUCUGAAGCGAAUUUUCCUUUGCUUUGCGACAGCCCUUUUCAGUCAGAGUUCCGGAAAUUUGCUCGUCUCCAACUACCUGACCCAAAUCCUCAAGGAUACUGGUUUGAAGACCGAGUACGAGAUCACGCUAGUCAAUGGGAUGGUCACUUUGUGGCAGUAUAUUGUGGCAAUUUUUGUCACACUCAUCAUUGAUCGCUUCCGCCGCCGAUUCUUCUUUCUCACCGGGUCAGGCGGUGUUCUUGUCACUUUUGUUGUUUGGACGAUUGCGGCUCAGCAAUAUCUGGAACACAACUCACUGGCAGCCGGUCGGCUGGUCAUUGCGUGCAUCUUCGUUUUCCAGGCAUUUUAUACCUUCGCUUGGACCAAUUUGAUUGUGACGUAUCCUCUCGAGGUGGUCACUUUGCAGAUGCGGGCCAAAGCGUGGGCUUUUGUUCUGCUCACCAUCCAAGUAUCUUCCAUUUUCGGCAGCUACGUGAACCCCAUCGCCCUCAAAAACAUUGGAUGGAAGUUCUACAUCUACUAUUGUGCCUGGGUAUUCAUUGUCUUCCUUGUCGUGUACUUCUUCUUUGUUGAAACAGCUGGCCCGACAUUGGAAGAGCUCGCCUAUCUCUUCGAAGGUGAGGAUGCAAAGCAAAACCUGGUACACCAGAUCCAGGAUAAGAAGCAGCAAAUUUCCUAUGAGGAGCACGUGGAAGACAAGCUGGCUUGA